AUGCAGACCAUCUACGCCUGCAGGACCAGCAGUGAGACCACGGUCGAUGUCCUGAAGCAGUCCCUAGCCAAGGCACUUGUCCACUUCUACCCGCUCGCAGGGGCCAUUGGCCUGGACUCCGAGGGGCGGUUUGUGGUCAACUGCUCCAAGAAGUCUGUGGCAUUCGUGGAGGCGAUCACCAACUGCACGAUCGACAUGAUAGGAGACCUCCGUGUGCCUGAUCCGGACACAUCGAGGAAGCUUGUCUAUAUGGAUCCUAACAUAAAGAGCUUUUUGGACCUUCCCCUGCUUACAGUUCAGGUUACCAAAUUCAGAUGUGGUGGAUUUACUCUAGGCCUGUCCAUCAGCCACACCAUGGCGGAUGGAAUAUCCGGGAUGACCUUCGUCAACUCGUGGGCCGAGAUAACCCGAGGCGGCUCCCCAGCUGCCCCUUUCCAUGGCCGUUCAUAUCUCCAAGCUAGGGUUCCCCCGAUCCACAAAGGACCCUACGAUGACUUUGUCCAGAUGGCUGACACGUCGGACAUGGAGUCUCUGUACGAGAAGGAGAGGAACAUAAACCGGAUGUUCACCUUCAGCCCGGAGAAGAUUGCAGCCAUCAAGAAGGCAGCCUUGGCCGACGGGAGGCUGCGAGGCUGCAGCACCUUCUCAGCGGUUGCAGCCUUGGUGUGGAGAGCCAGAAGGCCCUAA